CCGCCUGGACCCGGCCGGGCCUCUCCGCGGGAUCCCGGCCCCUCCUCGAGCGCCGCCUUCCGCCGCGGGCGCCGCCAUGGCCUCGCUGGGGGACCUGGUGCGCGCGUGGCACCUGGGCGCGCAGGCCGUGGAGCGCGGGGACUGGGCCCGCGCCCUGCGCCUCUUCUCGGGCGUCCCGGCGCCGCCCGCCAGGCUGUGCUUCAACGCGGGCUGCGUGCACCUGCUGGCCGGGGACGCCGAGGCCGCGCUGCGGGCAUUUGACCAAGCAGUGACCAAGGACACCUACAUGGCCAUUGGCUUCUUCCAGCGAGGAGUGGCCAACUUCCAGCUGGGGAGGUUCCAGGAAGCCCUGUCUGACUUCCAGCUGGCCCUGGUACAGCUGAGGGGCCACGCUGCCAUCGACUACACACAGCUGGGCCUGCGGUUCAAGCUGCAGGCCUGGGAGGUGCUAUACAAUGUGGCAUCAGCACAAUGCCAACUGGGGCUCUGGACAGAGGCGGCCAGCAGCCUAAGGGGGGCCAUGUCCAACUGGCCGGAGGGGUCCCUGAAUGGCCUGGAGUCGGCUCUGGACCAAGUGCAGAGACAAAGCUUGCUGCCACUGAGGCAGGUCCCCAGGGGCGAGGUCUUCCGGCCCCACCGGCGGCACCUGGACCAUCUGGAGCCCAUGGAUUUCCUGGGCAAGGCCAAGGUGGUGUCCUCUGCCGUCCCUGACGACCAGCGCUGGGCCGUCCGCCUGCAGCAGCCGCAGGCUGGUGCUUUGUGUCCACAGGGAGCGGGAGUGAACCAUGAUGCCAGGGACUCCGCAAGAGCUGGCACCCAGCAGGGUGCCCUCCAUGCAGAGACAGAGGUCAGUGCUGACAGCUGCACGUUGGCUGCACACCGAGAGCAGGUGCGUGCGGCGCCUCUCCCUACUCGGGGUCGGAGCCCCUCUUGCUUCCUCAGGCCAGGGACCACAGUGGAACCAGCACCAGGGCAGAGGGAGCAGCUCACUGGGGCUCGACAGGGCCAGCCAGAUGGGAGGGCCCAGAUGGAGCAAGAUGGCAGACCGACUCCUCUGUCCCCAGGGCUGCCGGCAAUGGGGGUGCCUGGCCCCAGCCCCUCUGAGGACCCAGCAGCUGCUGGUGAAGCAGGUUCGGGGUGCGCUGAGCCGCUGGUGACUGUCACUGUGCAGUGCGCCUUCACCGUGGCCCUGACGGCACGAAGAGGAGCCGACCUGUCCAGCCUGCGGGCACUGCUGAGCCAGGCCCUCCCUCGCCAGGCCCAGCUGGGACAACUCAGGUGGGGGCGGGCUCUACGCUGGGCACCACCCUGGCUGAGGCAGCUGCUGGAAGAGGGCGUGGCAGAGGUCCCCGUCCUCCCUGCAGGCCCCACCCACACAGCCCCUCUGAGGAAUCUCUUUGCAGUUACCAAGCCCCAGGUGAGGAUGACCGCUGGGUCCCCAUCGCCGGGGAGGAGUCACUGCAGAGGGCAUGGCUGGACGCGGCUGCCAGCCCCCGGGGGCUGCAGCUGCAGUGCAGGGGAGCCGGGGGCCGCCCAGUCCUCUACCAGGUGGUGGCCCAGCAUGGCUACUCAGCUCAGGGGCCAGAGGACCUGGACUUCAGACAGGGGGCCACGGUGGACGUCCUGUGUGAAGUGGACCAGGCAUGGCUGGAAGGCCACUGUGACGGCCGCAUCGGCAUCUUCCCCAAGUGCUUCGUGGUUCCCACUCACCCUUGAAUGUCGGGAGCCCCCGGCCGCCUGCCCCGGUCCCAGCAGGGAGAUCAGCCCUAGCAAUGCUGUGUCCACGAUGGUUUUAAUAAAAGCAACACCCCACUGCAGUCCAACCCUCCAAGGGGGUGUGGGAGGCCAGCCUGGCCCAGGAGAAGACCCUGGGCCUGUCUGCUCAGACAACAGCAAGGAGAGCAGGGUCCAGGUGGGGCGGCUCCCUCCCCUCCGCCCCAGCUGCCCCUCCUGAGGCCCCUGCAGCCACACAGCCUGGAGG